AUGCUUUUGCUGAAAUUCAUCGCAUUGUUUUCGUGUUUUUUGUUGGCUUCCUCGAGAUCGACGACAAGAAUUGUUCCGCUACCAAUGCUACCAAGUUCGUCGACGAUUCCCCCGAAAUCUACACCAAAAACAUUGCCACCACCACCCACCAGGGUUCCAGCAAAUCAAAAUAAUAUUGGCGGAUUAGAUAAUCGAAAUGAACCUUCUUUUCCGCCACCAACCGGCUCAUUCUUCGGAAAUCGAGAGCUUCAAACUGGAAGCCCGCAACCAACCGGACCGGUUUUCGGUGGCAAUCAAUUGCAAGGUGGAAUAUUUUCUGGCGGCGGCUCCGUUUUUGGAAAUCGUCAGGACCAAACGGGUGGCUCAUUUCCGAGCCAAAACAGAGUGGUUGGCGGCCAACAAGGAAUCGGACAGAAUUUCCCGACGUCGAACCCAUUCUACGUGAAUCCAUUGCCUCCAAUUUUCGGCUAA